CUAUAUAUCUCUAAACCAACCCACUUUCGCUUACUCUUCUUUUAACAACUACUACUACUAUAUAUAUCACAUCUUUAUUCCAUUCAUUUUCUUUAAUCUGAUCAAGAUUACUAAUAAGUUUUCCGGCAGCUUGUUCAACCACAUAUAUACAUGGCAGAAGGUGGUGGUUAUGGUGAUGAUACAAGAAGUAGUUGUUGUCCACGUGGCCACUGGCGGCCAGCCGAAGACGAAAGGCUCAGGCUGCUUGUUGAACAAUAUGGUCCUCAAAAUUGGAACUCUAUUGCUGAAAAACUUCAAGGAAGAUCAGGAAAGAGUUGUAGAUUGAGAUGGUUUAACCAACUCGAUCCAAGAAUUAAUAGAAGGCCAUUUACAGAAGAAGAAGAAGAGAGACUUGUUGCUGCUCAUAGAAUACAUGGCAAUAAAUGGGCAUUAAUUUCAAGAUUAUUUCCAGGUAGAACUGACAAUGCUGUGAAGAAUCAUUGGCAUGUCCUAAUGGCAAGAAAGCAAAGGGAACAAUCCAAGAUUUGUGGCAAAAGAAGCUUAUACCAACAACAACAUGAUAAUUUUCUAAGUGAUUCUAAAUCACCCUCCUAUGGUUUUCGACGAAGGAACAUCAACAACAAUAAUAAUAUGACGAAAACACAUGAAGGUAAUUAUGGCUCCAAAAUCAACUUCUUUGAAUUCCAAAACCCUAACAAAGAUAGGGUUUUCUCAAUGUCUUCUACAUAUUCUUCUAAUUCACAUGACUUUUGUAGAAGAAAUGGGAGCCAUUUGGUUAGAGAAAGCUCAAUAGACCAAAAAUCUUUAUGUCAAAAUAAUUUAAGCUUUUUAAGCCAUGGAGGCGGAGCUAAUUAUAGUUACAGAAGGAGUACUAUUAUUCGAAACCCUUUCAGUUAUGUUGAUAGAAAUGAAUCUAACGGCAUAACAGAAAGGGUUGUGAAUAUUACCGAUGGUACAUUUUCCUUAGAGAAAAUGCUUAGGGAAAGCAUUGAACAACAACAACAGUAUGGAGAAGAAGCAAGGGAAAGGAAGGAUAUUCCCUUCAUAGAUUUUCUUGGUGUGGGGAUUUCUUCUUGAUUAUCUUUUUUUUUUCUCUGGCUAUUUUUUUGUUUAAUAUUAAACAAUUCUUUUCGAUUUCUUUUCGUUGUUAAUUAAAAUAUAAGUAUUUGAUAUGCCUCCUAAAUAAUUUCUUUAUCGUGUUAAUUAUUUCACCUAUAGUUGUUGUGAUAGCUAAUUAUCUAGCUGUUUCUUUAACCUCUAAGGUAAAAAUGUACUCCUAGGUUUUACUUAUAAUCAUCCUAAUUUCUUGCGGAGAUGGAUUUUGAACACUUAGCACAAUAUAUGUAAUAAACUUUGAUAUGAAUCAAUUUUUGUAUGGACUUAAUUAAUUAGUUUAUAUAUAAUAUCUUCUUAUAAAUGGGAAUUAAGUUGUACUGAUUUUUCUUAAUUUUAUUUCCCAGUGUAUUGAUCUUCUUUUUUCCCAUGUGUUACGUGACAUUGAAAGAUUAUCUUUGCGUUUCUUUCUCAAAUUUUCUGAUGUUUUUUUUUCUCAUUUUGGUAGAAAGUGCAAGUAUCAAUUUCGUGCAGGUAAGACUCAGUUGCUAAUCUCUUAAGUGAAAAAGAGGGAAACUAAAUUGAUGUGAUGUAAAAAAUUGCAACAUUUAAGGAGAAGCUCCAUAUUAUAUGUUGUUGAUAGUUAUUUGAAACAUGCACUGAAAGAUACAAUAUACUAGUUUGAUACAUGACUGUUUAUUAUGUGUAUAACGCCCCUCUAUCUUAUUAUCUGGUAAAGUGUGUUGCUUUCUUCGAAUUAUCAUUGUUCGAUAUUUGCUUUUGGUCCUGUUUUUGGAAUUUGGAUUCGAAUAUAAUACUUAAGGUCCAUUAAAGGGGAGAAGUGCUCUCCCCUAGACUUUUAUCAUUUUUAAAUUUCAAAUCCAACAUUUUUGAUUAAAUGUAGAGUGAUAUUAUUCAUCUCAUCACAAUCCUCAAAAUCAAUAAAUACUUAUCCACUGAAUGUUUACAUCAAAUCAAUGCGACUUACAAUGGUUAACUAAUAUAAUAAAGUACAUUCUAUACAUUAGCUAAUCAUGGUUAAGUACUGAUAUAUAGUCAUAUAUUUAAACACAUGUUAUAUGCAUCCAUUGAUCUGGUGUAAAUAUUCUAUGUGAGUAAAGCUUUUAGAUAAUCAUAGUAUCUCUGCUUAUAUAUGCUAUGAAGUUGUUGAGGAUAUUAUAUAUCAGUGUCAAUAAGAUGUAAAAAUUACAAAAUUUAAGGAGAAGCUGCACACAUAUAUAUAUAUUGUUGAAAGCUGUUUGAAAGAUACACUGAUAGUUACAACAUACUAGUUUGAUAUCUGACUAUUUAUUGCAUGUAUAACUCCCCUCUAUUUAAUUAACUUGUAAAUAUAUUACUUUCUUCGAUCGAGCUAUUCAUUUUUCUAUAUUUGUUUUGGGUCCUCGAUUUUGGAUUCGCAAUGCGUAAGGUUUAUUAAGGAAGGAAGCACUCUCACCUAGAAUCUUUUUUAUUUAUAAAACUUGAACAUAAAAUUUCUAAUUAUAUAUAGAGAAAUAUUAUCCAAUAUCACCUUGAUAAUCAUAUUUUUCUAUUUAUAUAUGUUAUGAAGUUGUGUUGAGGGUACUCCAAUUUUUAGAUUUGGGAUAUAUAUCUUACAUUAAUUUGUCAUUCUGUACUUUGAUUAGUGUUACGCUGAUUGACUAAUUACAACUUACAACUUUUUAAAAAUUUAGUUAUCUAACUGUCAUUUUCUUUUGUUUAUACACUUUUUAUCUGAUAGGAGGAUUUUCACAAUUUUGUACUUAGAUUUCUGUUUACCAGAACACUAAAAUAUGUGCUCUAAGGGAUCGUCAAGAUAAAAGGAUAGAAUGAUUUCGAGAUAAGAUGUGAAAUUCAUAUACCGUACUUAUUUGAAUUUUGAUUCCGGUAGAUUAAGCAAUUUUGGUACAGUUUAUAUCAUAGUUGUAGUAUUUUUUUUUUAAUCACAUUAUUCAUAGUGGAGUAUCUAAUAAUCUGAGAAUUAUUAAUUUCGAGAUAAACUACUCUUAUCUUUCAUUUUACUUGUUCAGUUUAUUAAAAUACUUGUUCGAUUUAAAAAAUAAGAUCUAAUUUAUUAUUUUUUAUUUAUUUUAUCAUUAUUAAAUACUAUUCAUUUUCAAACAUUCAAAUGACUGAUUAUUAAUAGGCAUGAUAUAGUAAAAUUACUUUCAUUUAUAAUUUCUUAAGAGGUGUGCGAAGUCAAACAUGAACAAAUAAAGAUGAAUGGAGGAAGUAAUAAAACGGAAAAGAUCACAACAAUCUCCAAAGCUCGUCUCCAAAAAUACUUUAAGGGGUCGUUUUGUAGGAUGCAUUAUAAAAAAUAAUGCAUGUAUUUGUUCUGUGUGUUACUAUUUUUUUUAUUCUGUGUAUUACUAAUAUCUUGUUUGCUACAUUUUUUUCAACCUAUGUAUAACUAAUGCAGGCAUUAGUUAUACACUCUAUUGUGUAUUAUGUGAUGCAUAACUAAUACAUGAAAAAACCUUAGUAUUAGUAACGCAGUGAACUUUAAUACAUGCAUUAGCAUAGAUAAAGACAAAAUGACCCCUCAAAAUAUUUUCCACGUCAUUUUCAUUAUA